CUCAACUGAGCAGCAGUAAGUGGUUUCCAAGGGAUUUUCUUUCCCUACACAAGAAGUUACUCUUCUAGUUGGCUGAGGAGAGGCAACCUUGCUUUUGUGUAUGCCAAUCAAGUGCUGCUCCUUAUUGAAGGCUUCAGCUGGGGCUAGAAAGAAAAUGUAUCUCAGGCAUCUUCACCUGUACAAUGCCUGCUGGAUUUAUUACAGAUGACUUUUUCAUUAUAUAUCUUCAGUUCAGUUUUGUAGGGUGUUGAGUAACUUGGUUCUCUCAUGUUCUCAUAGUGAGUGAUGGAAGAGCAGAGGCAAGUCUGUAGGUCUGUCAAAGCCUCGCAGUCAGGUAUAAUCCAUACAGCCUGGCACCUGUUUGGAGCAGAGUCUGGUAUUUACUGAGAAAUGCAUGUCAGGCUUCUGCCCUGGGGUACCCCUGCUGCCUUUCCACUUCCUCUGUUGUCAAUGGAUUUGUCUGCUUUACACAAGGGUAUUUCCAAAGCCUGGGUGAACAGGAAUAUCACAGGCUCUGACCUCUCAGGCUAAGAAGCACCGUCUGUGUUUACAGGUAGACCUCGGAAGGUUUUGCCUUGUUGGUGACCAUGUGAGAUCUGAGGUACAAUCCAUGUCGCUGAGCCUGAAGAGACUAUGGUGGCUCGUUGGAUCCUAGUCAAAGGCAAGAUUGCUGCCAAAGCUUUUUGCUGUGAUUUUCACCUUGAUGUUCUUUCAGAGCUGCUAGAUAUUGAAGAGAAAUGCUAUGUUCUUAUAGUGAAGGUCUCUGAUGGGACUAUCCAAAAGGGUUGCCAGUGUUUGUGGGAAGUAGGGCAAGGUGCUGGAUUUGUGUGAUGAGCACCUCUGAUGGGCCAUCCCAAAAAAACCCUGAUGUGUCUGUGCAGGCUGAAAAACACAGUCCUAAUGAGUGGCAGAAAGGAGCAGGUCUGCUCCUACUCAUUUCAGUGCAUGACUGGCACUGAGGGGAUGGAUGUAGCCCCUCUGGUCAUGGUGACCUUUCAAAUGUGGUAUAUGCUUUGGGUGCUUCGUGUAGUUCAAUGCACACAUUUCUUACAGGAGAGCCUUUUCUGCCUCUCUCUGGGAGAGCCUGGAGAGCUAUGCUAUUCCUUUUUAGUGCCCUGGCUUUCUCUUCGAUCGUAUUGUGUAGGACUUGUGUUCCUUGAGUUGAAGCCAACAAGCCCGAAUGGCAAUUCCACCCAUCUCCAAGUGGCAGAGGAUAUGUGGCAUCCUACAGACAUCGUCCUGCAGACAAACCCGAGGUCGUGGUUCAUUCUUCACCCAUCUCCUCAUGCUAGAAAGCAUCCUGACCAGCUCUUGAACACCCAGUAUUGAGUCAUAGGCCUGUCAGAGACAAGUGUUCAAAGAGAGAGGUCUUGCCCAGGGGAAAACGUGUUAGGCUGACUGGUGAUGUAGAGGUGGCAGAACUGUUGUGCAUGCAAAAGUUUCAGCCAGAGCAAGGCUAUCAGAAGCACAGUGCCACCCAGAACCACCUCCUUCCAGGGUCACACUUUAUAGUUCCUCCUCUGGAAAGAGAUGGGGCAUUGCCGGUCGGUCCAAAUACAUCAUCCACCCUCAAACUCAGAUGAACUCUACUGCGGGUUAUCUUGCCUUUUAUCAAAACAACGAUUAUACAUUUACCACACAGCAAAUACUGCUAAGGAUCAAAAGUUAAGGUGUAGCAGAGAUUACUUAAAAGCAUGGAGCUGGUGCUAUUGCUUCAGUGCUACCUGCAGACUCCUUUCUGGGCAGCAUGCACCGAGUUUCUGCAGGAAUGGCCCCGGUGCCUGCUUCUCAUCCGCAAGUCGCAGUGACGCUGGUUCUGCUCCUGUCCAUGCUCAGUUUGGCUGCUGGUGGGAAAGUGCUGGCAGUGCCAGUAGGUGGGAGUCAUUGGCUCAGCAUGCGGGAAGCGUUGGAGGGUCUCAAGGAGAAAGGGCAUGAAAUAGUCGUUGUUGCACCUGAAAUCAAUUUCAACAUAAAACCAACAGAGAAUUUUACUAUGAAAAUGUACCCAGUCCCUUUCACACAGGAAGAGAUGAAUAAGGACUUCCACGCAUUUUUAAAAGGAGGGUUUGAAGAAGGAUCCUUUCUGGAAAGAUUUAUUAGAACAUACCAAAGGAUGAAAAGACUCUCUGACUUUGCAUUCAUCAGCUGUGAAUACUUAGUGUACAACAAAGAACUUAUGAGAUAUCUCGAGGAGACUAAGUUUGAUGUUGUCUUUACGGACCCUGUAAUACCAUGUGGGCAGAUACUGGCUGAGCAUCUUUCAGUCCCUUCUGUCUAUUUUUUGCGAGGAAUUCCAUGUGGCAUAGAUUUUGAAGCCACUCAGUGUCCCAAUCCCCCUUCUUAUGUCCCCAGGGUGUUUACAGAACACACAGACCAUAUGAACUUCCUCCAGCGUGUGAAGAAUCUAGUCUUUGAUGUCCAAAAUUUUUUCCUCUGUGAUUUUAUGUAUCAGCCAUACACCAAACUGGCUUCUGAGUUCCUUCAGCGAGAUGUGACUGUGUUAGAUCUCUUACGCAAGGCUUCCGUAUGGCUUCUGCGAUUAGACUUUGUGUUAGAUUACCCAAGACCGCUGAUGCCCAACAUAGUUUUAAUUGGCGGAGUGAAUUGUGCUCACAAGGAGCUACCUCAGGUAUGCUCAACUGAGCAGCAGUAA